AGCAAAAUGUCUAGUUAAUAGUUGGUUCUAUUCACGAUAACACUUUGUCGAGAGUCAUCAUGAGUGUAGAUCACUUGACAAUUGUUAUGAAUUGUCAUGACUAUAAUUAAACGUAAAUUAAGCAACAAUAAAUAGUUAUUUUGAAACUUUUGUUUGUUGGUAUGAAAUGUACACAAUUAGUCAAUCUAUAACAUUAUAAUAAUGUCAUUGUAGCUACCGUAAUUAGUAGAUUUGGUUAGCAAGAUGACUUUAAUAUAACAAAAUUGAUCAUCAUUUUAAACAUAAACAAAUAGUUAAAUUUACAAAUGAAUAACCACGUUAUUUUAACUAUAUCAGAAGUAUAUAUAAGAAGAAAAAAAUGUUGAUUGAACUCCAAAGUAAUUUAAUUCAAUAUCAAACAGUGUUAUAUUAUUAUCAUUUACCACGUUAUUUUUAUCCAUGUUGUAACUAGAAUGAAUACCCGAGGAGUGUUGAUUUAACAAUUCACAAUGUGUAAUUUUACCACAUGACAAGUCAUAAUAACAUUAGACAUUGUAAACAAUAAAUAUUAAAUCAAUUUUACCCAUAACCUAUAAAAUCUGUUAUUUCCAUUAGUUUACUUAUUCGUUUCAACUCCAUCGUGACAUCGUGUCUCGUACCAUUUUGAUUUAAAAGUGCAAACAUAUAGUGUAAAAAGUAAUAUUCGAUACUUAUCUACAAACUAAUUUACUUAUAAAUUAUGGACCAGGGCGAUAACGAAAAUAUACAAUAUAUUGAGCAGUUUUUUGAAGAUCAAAGAUAUAAUGAUAGUAUUUCUGGAAGUACACAUAAUUUAAAUGAAGAUUAUAUCAUUACCCCUUUGAAUGUAGAAAAAAACAAUAAUAAUAUAAGUGCUAGUGCAAGUAGUUCUAAUAGAUAUUCUCCAUAUUCUCCACAUCCCAAGUAUGGUGUAUAUAAACCAAUGGAGUGGACUUCACGGACAAUUAUGGCCUUAUUGCAGACAACAAAUGAUGGUCGUUUCAUUAUGACUGAUGCUAAGGUCAAUAAUGGCCACCUCUCAGACGAAGCUCAGAAUAGCCUGACUAAACUUUUAAUUAAUUACUUGUUUCAAGAUAAGAGCAGGGGUACUGACUUUUACUUUCGGAAAAUCGCAUCUUUAAUCAUUGAAAUAUUUCCUAAAGAACAAGAGAAACUAUAUUUCAUACCAUCGAGUAGUGGAAAUAAUUCUCAUGCCAAAGGGAAAUUAGUUGAAAGGUGGAAGAAUGUCUCGCGUCGUUUGAGAAGUAUAGGUGCUAUUGAAGGUGAAAGAAAAACUAAAUGUGCUAAUGAUAUAUCACCUGCAGUCAUAACAUUUUCUGAUGAAAUUGAAGCUGCUAAAGUCUGGUUGAGUAAGUCAGGUUCAUCUUCUGACUUUGAUGAAGUUAUUAAACACUGGAAACUUACUUACGAUAUAAGGAAAACAGAAAUCCAUGGUUCUGACAUUUCAAAACGUCAUUUGUCUGAAAUUUUUAAAUCCUGGCCUAUUUUAUGUGGCCCAAAAGGAUAUGUUCUGGUAUUUGAAGAUUUUAAUUUGGAGUACCCCAUCAUUAAGAAUCUUUUACACGACUGGCCAACAUUUAUAAAAAAGUGGACUUAUUUUUCAAAUAAUUUACUGAGUCUACGUAGAAAUUCAGUGAAGGAUAACUACGGUAAAGACAUAUUGAAACAACUCGAUGCUGUACAACUCAGCGGAAAUACCAGGACGUGCAAUAUUCUCAAACUUCUCCUAAUUCCAUAUCUUGUGCCCACUAAAACACAAAUCAAAAAUAACAAAAAAUCAUGGAAACCGUCACUUGUUGAGUCAGCUGCAGCUUUUGUUGUUCAUGUUACUAAUUUGACAGGACUUGAAGCUGAAUUAGAUAAGAGAAUUCAAAAAUAUAUACAGUAUGGCACAACUAUUCAGCCUUUUAUAGUAUUGGUUGGCAAAGAUAUAUUUUCCAUUAAAUACUGUUAUAUCAGAGUCGAUGAUCAAUUUUGGACAUUUGACUGUCCACUGGAAGCCGUAGAUGCUUGUUUCAAAACAUAUAUGGCAUUACACUGCUGCUAUCCAAAAGAAUGCUAUGAGUCGUGGAUCAUUCUACAACUACAGCUGUACAAUUUAGAAACAAUUUAUGAUCGUCAAUCUUCAGUUAUUGUCUCUUUAAAUAGUAAAAUGAAUACCAUGAACGAAACUGUUAGUAUUUAA